AUAACUAUGAGUUAGUGUAUAAACAGCAAGUGGAUGGAUAAAAUACGAAUAUUUUAUUAACAACCGCCAACCGUUAUAAUUCACAUAUCUACAAUACAUUGUUGAAAUAAAUCUUGAAAACAAAAAUGUCAAACAAAUCAAUAGUUUCAAUCAUAAUUUUUUCAUUAUUCAGUUGUUCAUGUAUUCAACCGGGAAAUGGUGCGAGAAUAUUAGCUAUAGAGUCAUUUGCAGGCAGGAGUCAUUGGAAUUUUGUGAGCGCUGUGCUUCGGGCAAUGACGGAUAAUGGACACAAUGUUACAGUUUUCACGCCAUUCCUUGACGGUAAUCGUGAAAAUUAUACAGAAAUAGACAUGUCUAGUAUGUUCCCAAUAAAAGUUGGUAUGAGCAUAGUGGAUAUGAGGGCAAUAUUUAGCAAUCAGUUUAAGCCCCUUUCAUUUAUGCUAGAAUUAGCUAGACUUAGUUGCGAUAUAUUACAAAAAAAUGAACAGCUCAAUGAUAUUUUAAAAAACAAAUUGCAAACCGAUUUUGAUGCCAUCCUCUUCGAGCCUACAAUAGUGUCAGGUUGCUUAACGCACCUGGGAGCAAACUCGAGUUUGCCAGUGAUACACGCGAGUGCAAUUCCAAUUAAUACUUACACAGAACGUAUCACCUAUGGCGAUGUCAGUAACCCAGCAACGGUAACAAUAAUGACAUUUCAAACUGCUGUUCCUAAGACGUUCAUUCAACGGUUAAUUAAUACAAUUGCUUGGUUGUACACCAGCAUAAUAAUUGGUUUUCAAGAAUUCUUACUCCAAUUAUUCGAAUCAAAACCUUUUGACUUAGCAACCACAAAACCUCCGUCAUUGGUCUUUAUGAACACUCAUUUCAUAAGUGAUAAGCCUAGACCAACUCCAUUGAAUGUUGUGAAUGUAGGUGGUAUUCAUUUAAAACCACCCAAAAAAAUACCUAAGGAUAUAUUAGAGUUUAUUGAAGACGCACCACAUGGAGUAGUUGUAUUUACAUUUGGUUCAACUACUUCAAUGACUACACUUCCAAAAAAUAUUCUAACUGCAUUUAAAGAAGCAUUAGCUGAACUUCCUCAGAAAGUUUUGUUGAAAUAUGAAGAAGAAAUGAAAGAUAAGCCUAAAAAUGUCAUGACAAUAAAAUGGUUACCUCAACGAGAUAUUCUUUUGCACAGAAAUAUUAAACUCUUCGUCAGUCACGGUGGAAUAUCUGGAUUGUACGAGGCAGUAGAUGCUGGAGUCCCAGUAUUGGGAUUUCCAUUAUUCGGUGAUCAGUAUAGGAACAUAGAUAAUUUAGUCGAGGCAGGCAUGGCUAAAUCUAUGGAAUUAUAUUCAGUAACUAAAGACAAUUUCUUGAAUAAUGUAUUGGAUCUUGUUAACAAUGAAAAAUACUCACACAAUGCUAAAAUUGCUUCAGAAAUAUUUAAAGACCGACCAAUGUCACCGGAAAAGUCUGUUGCCUACUGGACAGAGUAUGUCAUUCGUCACAAAGGAGCACCGCACCUAAAAUCUCAAGCUCUUAAUUUAACGUGGUAUCAAUACUUUUUAUUGGAUAUAAUUGUUGUAAUUCUUAUAUUCAUUUUCAUUAUUAUACUAAUUGUUUUAAAAUUCUUUAAAUUUGUUCGUACAUUUUACACAAAGAUAUGUUCGUCAUUCUCUAAAGUAAAAUCUGAUUAAUGUAUUUUUUAAUUACCCAUAAUUAAUAAUGUAUUAAUUUACUUUAACUUAAUGAUGAUACUGUAUUAUUCUUAUAAUUAUUAUAAUAUUACGUUUAUUUGUAUAAUGUAUAUUAAUAUGUAUCUAUGAAUGUAUCUAUGUAAUAAAAUAUGUUUCGUAAUUCCAAAUUA